UGCAGAGUUUGAACAUGGCGGCUACAUCUCCGUCUGGUUCACUUGAGAUCUUCACUAAAGAUGGAUGGCAGAGAGUGGUAGCUACUCUAGAUGACGAUCUACUCACUCUUAAUGUUGAGAAUACUCCUACCACGAAUGGAGAGGCCGAAACUCCGCCAUCGCCGCGAAAGACCGAAGCAAAUGACCGAACAGAACCUCCAGAGAGCAUUGCAAAUGAAAUCCGUACCGUACGUGUUAUCAAACAAGAAGUAGGUGGACUCGGUAUAAGCAUCAAGGGAGGCAAAGAAAACAGGAUGCCUAUAUUGAUAUCAAAGAUUUUCAAAGGUCUAGCAGCUGAUCAAACAGAAGGCUUGUAUAUUGGGGAUGCUAUUUUGGCGGUAAACGGGGAAGACCUUCGGAACGCAACACACGACGAGGCAGUCCGUGCUCUCAAACGUGCCGGUAGAGAGGUUGAUCUUACUGUCAAGUAUGUGAAAGAAGUAACUCCGUAUUUCCAACGAAAUGCUGAAAUUUCUGAUCAAAACUCUGAAGGGAAAACGAACAGUUUGGGGAAACCCUCUUGGAGCGAAGUAAAAAAUAUUCCAUUAAAACUGAGUUUUGUGACAAGAUUUGUAUCUUCGAAGAUAGAAAAUCCAGGGCGAGCUUUGGAACUGUAUGCUCCAGACGGUCGUUCGGCGUGUAUUUUGAGAGCCAAGGAUGGUUUGUCUUUACAGGAAUGGUUUAAUGCGAUUCAUACAAACAUUUCAAGGCUGUUAGCUCCAGCCACAGAAGAAGUCAAUGAAAUGCUGAGCAGUAGUGUUGGAUAUCGUGAAAUAAAGACAAUGGGAUGGCUUAGUGAACAGGUCCAUCUUGGAGGAGACAGCAGUAGGAUGGACUGGAAACCAGUCUUCAUGGCUUUAACAGAAAAAGAUAUGUUAUUAUAUGAAUCUGCACCAUGGUCUAAAGAGGACUGGAGUGCACCCUACCUUAGUCACCCCCUUUUAGCAACUCGGCUUGUUCAUUCAGGUCAUGGCAAUAACCACAUCCAACAUCAAGAUCUUUGUUUUGGGACAAGAACAGGAUCAAGGAAAGGCGUUGAAGCUCACUUAUUUAGAGUUGAAACUCAAAGAGAACUAGCUCAUUGGUCUAGAAGCAUCGUUCAGGGUGCUCAUGAUGCUGCAAUGCUUAUUAAAGAAAUAAAUUGUGCUGUUACAUGGCAUGGACAAGAAGCUCGCCUUACAAUUCACUAUGAGAAUGGCUUGACUCUUGCUGAUGCCAGAGGAUCUGACAAUGGCGUAAAGGCCCAGGUGUUUUGGUAUUUUCCAUUUGAGAGGUUGAAAAUGUCAGCAGAUGAUGGACAUCAUUUGUUGUGGUUGGAUUUUGGUGGUGAAGAUGGAGAACAGGAGCUUGAUCUCCAUGGUUGCCCAAAGCCUGUUGUGUUUGUCCUUCAUACAUUCCUAUCUGCAAAGACAACUCGCCUUGGUUUGUUUGCAUAACCAGAUCAAUAUCAACAGCAGUAAUAUGACGAUGCUUUGAAAGUUGCUUUAGAUUGUUUAGAUGAUUAUAAGCAGCAUCAUUGGAAACCAUGCUUCAGCAGUCAAUGAUAGCAGUCUGAGAAUAUUGCCAUUAAUAUUUCCAUGCUUUCUGAACAGUUCCUAACUCAGUUAUUGAUGUGAAGUGGUCAAAUGUGCCAGUUUGUCUUGAACUGUCUGUAAUAAUGGCAAGUUCGCAAAGAAUAUAUAGGUUUUACAAGGCACUUCUAGAGAGUAUUUUCAUAAAAACUGUAAUACACAUUUAACCACAGUGUUGUGUCGAUUGACAAAGAUUUCUUUGCUCUUGCAAGAACUGAUAUUGAAAAUAUACUCAAUCUAGUCAAAGUGCAAAUAUAUACCAGAAUAUUCUAUUAAAACAAACACAUUUUUGAAUAGAGAUGCAAUGGUGAGAAAACUGAUUUACUUUUGCAAGUUAAAACAGAGCAGACAAAUGUACAAAGAUUUCUUUAGAUUUAACCUUGCAAAUUAGGGUAUUUUUGAAAUUACUUUAUUAUUUAACCCAUCUAAUUACUAUUUAGACAUUGUUUUCUUAUUAAGAACAAAUUGUUACUUAGCAAAUACAUCAAAGUCUAAAUAUUGAUUUUGUUUUGUGACCAAUGGUGAUAUGGUUGUUCAACUAACCAAUCAAACUAUGUCACCACAAGAAACCAACAAUACUUGUGAUUAGGCAAUACAAAAUCAUUGGAUUUCUUUAACAGUUUAUGUGGUUUUGUAUUUUUUUACACAGCAAAUUAUUUGGUGUUGUACACUUAGUCCAAUCAAUUACCAACUAAACAAUCUUUGCUCAAUCAUAUAUCUAUAUCUCACAAAAAAUACUUCAUUGCUAGUUAAAAACAAUGGGAAAGUAUUUUGCAAUUCACUUGUCAUUUGAGCUGAAAAUUGUCUUAUCACUAAUUCUAGAAGAUGUACAACUCAACAAAUAUUUGUUGUAAUAAAAAAUAGGAAACAAAAAAAUAUUAUUCCUCAGAAUUCUACAAAUAUACACAAUAAAGAUUAAGCUGUAUGUUUUCUGAUAACUGUAAAUCUUAGUGAUUGCUAUGUAAGGGCAACUAUAUUAUGAAGUCCAUAGCAUGUUUAUAAGUUAUGUUAAUGAGAAUGUAAAAUUUCUGCCAAAAAACUCUUGGUUGGCCUUAAACCAAAUGGUGAAUAUGAUAUUAUGCUCAAGUAGCUUAUUUUAAGUUGUUAUAAAUCAUGCAAUCAAAGGAACUAUUGACAACAGUAUAAUUAWUCACUUGUAAGCAAUAUUCCUUUGWGUUUCAAGUAUUUCAAUUUAAAUAUAUAUAUGAAAACACAUUUAAUCCUUUCUCUGAAGAGAUUUCAGAAGGAAGUGUGUGUGAUAAUGUAUAGAUAUCUACAGCCCUUUGCAGGGAGACAUUUUGUAAUUGGUCUGGUUUGAAAAUAAAGAUUAUUUUGGAUAAAAUGA